AUGAAUCUGUUGUUCGGACGAAAGCCCGGUCCGGCGCACAUACCGGGCGAUCGAAUCAAGAGCCCCCUUGUGCAAGGUAACAACUUCGCGGUCUCCCUCGUUUUCGAUGACGUGCUUGAUCCAGAGAAACUUCGCGAGUCUCUUGAAGGACUUGUCAAGCGGGAGGGAUGGCAACGUCUUGGAGGCCGGCUUAGGAAGAAUGCCGCUGGUGAGAUUGAAUGGCAUAUUCCCGCAGAGUUCACAGCUGACCGCCCAGCAAUUGCGUUUGCGCACAUUGAUCAUGGCAUGUCUGCCGCUUCCCACCCGGCAGCCUCCAAGAUACCGCAACCCAGUACUCGACCUGCCGUCUUAGGUGAUCCAGAUAAUCUAGCGGACUUGGCUUGGGAGGCCGGAUACCAACCUGGAGGAAUCAGCGACUACCUCACUUCUGAUCGUCCUGUCUUGGGCCUGCGCGUCAACUCCUUUACUGACAAGACAAUCGUGGUACUGCAGUGGCAACAUGUUGCAUUUGAUGCCCUAGGAAUGCAGUACGUCACGGACCAAAUCCCGACGCCAUGCGGAUUCGAUACCGAUCCAUUUGACGCAAUGGCAAAAGAUUCCCGUCCAAUCACGGAACAGCAUGUCUUGUCUGACAAACGGGUUGGUUUCGGCGGCUUGCUUCAAUGGGGUCUCGGAUAUGGUGUUGAUAUGCUUGUUCGUACUAAAGAGAACCGCAUGGUUUGCAUCCCCGAAACGUACUGGCGAGUGCAGUUAGAUAAGGCCUUGGAGGAGCUCUGCGCUGAAGCAAUUGCGAAAGGCGAAGAUGCUUCAAAAGUGUUCCUGACUGAGAACGACAUCUUGACGGCUUGGACCAUUCGCUGUAUUGUUAGCUCCACGGAGAUGAACUCUGAUAGGACAGUUGCUACUUCUAUAGCAAUGUCCUUGCGUAAAGCUUUCGAAGGCGAUCUAAUUCCACCCUCAGCUGAACAUCCUUAUGUAGGCAAUGCCUACGGAUGGGCCAAUGUGCUAGUCAAGGCAGGCGAUGUCUCCUCCAAGCCUUUAAGUUGGCUCGCUCUCCAGGUCCGUCGUGCCAUUAACGAGCAGGGAACGCGCGAACAGCAUGAAGCUUAUCACGACAUGGUGCGGACGUCUUACUCUGGCCUUCCCGUUAUUGUCUUUGGUGACGGUACUAUGGCUCAGAUUGGCUUCUCCAACUGGUCCAAGGCGGGUCUGUUUGACCUCGACUUUGCCCCCGCCCGUAAAACACUCAAGGGCGAUGUACCUUGUAGACCGUCCUAUGUUCAGGAAAAUCACGGGCCUAUCAAGCCUGCUGAUGGUUGGUUCAUCUUUGGAAAAGAUGAAAAGGGAAAUUACUGGAGUUCUGCUUGCAGGGUGAAAGGGCAAUGGGCCAAGUUCCAGGCGCAAAUUGAUGACGACUUUAAGGAUACUUGA